GUCGAGGAUAAAUUUGGGAUGAAAUCUCCAAAUCAACCCCAACCCUUGAUGUAAUCACCGGAGAGGAUCGAAACACCACUCCAUCUGUAGGCCUAAAUCUAUUCCUUUCAACCAGGUGAAGAAUCACAGCAGAACACUUGAAAAUAUUCCGUUAGGCGUCAGCAUCAACAUCGACAUACAUACAUGCUUUCUAACUCAAUAAACUGUCUUUAGUUUAAAAUUUUAGACCAUCUUUCUUCUACACCUAACUAACUGUGUCACUCCUCACUACCCCAAAACUUUUCAUCAAACUCAACACACAUUUCUCAUAUCUCUCUCUUUCCUCUCUUUCCCUGCAAUUGCAAAUUUCAAUGCUUGAAUCAGAGCUGUAUAUGUAUAACAAUGAGCUUGAAUUCUUCAAUUUCACAAACUCAACCUUCUUCAUCAAAUCAUCCACUUCUUUUCUCUUACACAUUUCAUCCAACAAUUCGCCGACUUUUCCUUCAAAUUCUCUCUCCUCCUCUUCCCUUCACCGCCGUCAACAACGUCUACUUCAUUCCGAAUUUCGUCGCCGUUUCUCCGACUUAUUGUGCGUCAGCUUAUCGGUGAAAGAUUCAGAUGAUUCUGAUCAUGCGUUUUCUAGGGAUUCUGAUCAAUUAUUGGGGCAAAAUCGGGAUCGUAAUUCCGAAAUUGUUAGGGUUUCUGAACAACUCGAGGAUUUUAAGGAGGAUAAAUUAAAGAAUUAUGGCGCGUUCAAUACCACCAAACAUCUCUGGGCUGGUGCUGUUGCAGCCAUGGUUUCAAGGACUUUUGUUGCCCCUCUUGAAAGACUGAAAUUGGAGUAUAUAGUUCGCGGCGAGCAGAAGAAUUUGUUUGAACUCAUCCAAACCAUAGCAGCUACACAAGGAGUCAAAGGCUUCUGGAAAGGAAAUUUUGUCAACAUCCUUCGAACUGCUCCUUUUAAGGCGAUAAAUUUUUAUGCUUAUGAUACAUAUAGGAAUUACCUUUGCAAGUUAUCUGGAAAUGAGGAAGCUACAAAUUUUGAGAGAUUUGUUUCUGGUGCUGCUGCUGGUAUUACGGCUACCUUGCUCUGCCUACCAAUGGACACUAUCAGGACUAUUAUGAUAGCCCCAGGUGGUGAAGCUCUGGGCGGUGUCAUUGGUACAUGCCGCCAUAUGAUCCAAACUGAGGGGUUCUUUUCUCUUUAUAAAGGCUUAGUGCCGUCAAUUAUAGCAAUGGCUCCUUCUGGUGCAGUUUUUUAUGGUGUUUAUGAUAUUUUGAAAGCAGCCUAUUUACAUUCACCAGAAGGGGAGAAAAGAAUAGAAUACAUGAAACAGCAAGGAGAGGACCUUAAUGCUCUGGAUCAGUUAGAACUGGGCCCUGUUAGAACAUUAAUCUAUGGGGCCAUUGCCGGGGCUUGUUCUGAAGCUGCUACUUAUCCAUUUGAAGUUGUUAGAAGGCAGCUUCAGUUGCAGGUGCCGGAAACAAAGUUGAAUGCUGUAGCAACUUGUUUCAAGAUAGUGGAGCAAGGAGGUGUUCCAGCCCUAUAUGCAGGAUUAAUUCCAAGCUUAUUGCAGGUUUUACCAUCUGCUGCCAUUAGCUACUUUGUCUAUGAGUUUAUGAAGAUAGUACUCGAAGUGGAAUCAUAGUUCAUCUUCAUGCAACUAUAAAACAAGAAAUCUAACUUCGGUGGGAAUUUUCAACUUACCACCAUGAAGAAAGCCUGUAUGCCUAUAUCACAGUAAUUACCUGAACAAGGUGUUUGAGAUGAAACCUCAAUUGCUAGAUUAGCACAUUUUUCUCAUAAACAUGUCAGUCUUUUUUAAGGCUUAUAGUAGGAGAGAAUGGUUAACUCGUGUCAUGAUUUUCUUUCCCUUUUUGCUUAGAAGUGCAGAAUUUUGGAGUGUUUCAGUCUUAAAAUUUUGGCUCUGUAGCUAUCUUGUGAGAUAUUGGCAGCUGACUCGUAUAUGAUCCAGCUCCUUAAAUCAGCCAAAGAAUUAAGUAGUUGGAGGAUA